UUAAAAUGAAAGCAAGACAAAUUAAAGAUAUUUAUGGAAAAUUUUCUGAAAUCUUUAAAGAAGCAUUUAAGAAAGCAAUUGAUAAUGAAGAUUUUAAUGAGGAAUUAAUCCAGUUUCAUAUUGAUAAGAAUUUUAUUGAAAAAAUUCUUCUAUCAGAAUUUAAAAAGCAUAAGGACUGA